AUGGCCCGCAAAGGGGAGGAUUUAAUUCACCGCAGAGAACAAAUAGGAGCAGGUGGCUUCGGUACUGUUUUCAUAGGUAAAUAUCGUGAACAUCAAGAAGUAGCCAUUAAAGAUAUCAAAGGCGAACUAUCACGUGAAGCAUUCGCUGAAGCAAGUUUACUGAAAAAACUCACACACCCGAAUAUCAUUCGAUAUAUUGAUAUUGUUCAAGCAUCAAAACAGACUUCUAUCAUCAUGGAAUUCAUUGAUGGCGGUUCUUUGCAUCAAUACAUUAAGAACACAACUCAAUCGCUCACCUAUUGGAAAAUGACUCGACAGAUUAUGAUUGGUGUUGCAUAUGGCAUGGCUUAUUUACAUGAUCAAAGUAUUGUUCAUGCCGACUUGAAGAGUCUCAAUGUUUUAUUACGACAUGAUUACACAGCAGUUAUAUGUGAUUUUGGUCUUGCAAGAACAAUUGCUGAUUCAGCUGCAGUUACAGCCGAAACUGCUCGAGGAACAGCAAUGUGGUUUGCACCAGAACUUUGUCGUAAUCGACCAGAAAAACGUUCGUUUCAAUCUGACGUAUGGGCAUUUGGUUGUGUCUUACUAGAAGUCCUAUCCAAGAAGCUUCCAUGGGAAGAUGAUUAUGAUAAUAAUAUGAUGCUGCUAAAUGCACUAAGCAAACCAGAAAAUGCAGCAAUUUUUGAAGAUAUUUGUCGUAAACAGAGAGCUCCAGAAAAACUACGUACAGUACUUUGCCGUUGCUGUUCUUGGCAAAAAAAAGAUCGACCUGAAUUUCAUACUAUAGUUCAGGAUCUAACCACAAUCACCGAUGUAGACCUGUGCAAUCUUAACCAAGAACAAGAAAAGUCACUACUAUCAGAAUCUCCUAGUGUAAGGCCCUUGACUAGUAAUGGACGAUCUAGCACAAAAUCUUCAUCAUCUAAAGUUAAUAAUGAAAAUUCUGAAGAAAAUGUACAUUCCAUAGAGCAAUCAAAAGUUGAAAAGCCUAGAGGACGAUCCAAGAAGCCGCCAGUCAUUCAAACAGAUAACUCAGAUCGCCUUAAUACAGAUACUGAUACUAUUAUCCAAGGACAAACAAUAUCAUUACGAUCGAACUUAGCAAAUGCAAGACCUACAACUGGACGUAUGCCACAUAAAACUAAACCUCCUAUUUGGCUAACACCGCAGGGCACUAAUGAGCCGACAGAUGCACUAGCAGCUGCAAUAGAUGCACUCAAACUUAACAAUCCAAAAAACAAAAAACCCACAACAGAUAACUUGGCUAAUAAAGCCAAUGUUGGAGAACGAAAUACGAAGUAUGCUUUUGUGAAUAAUUGUCAUCGUCUUCUUUAUCAAGGAGAACGUGGCGCGUGGUAUUAUAUAAAUUCUAUGGGUAACAAAGUAUAUGCGACAGACAACUAA